GUUAAAAACAGACUUUGUUUAUCUUGCACGCAGCUCGUUGAAAUGCUCGCUAGUUAGCUCGUCCACUCGGACACAACCUGAACACGGUGCGACGGUCGCUCGCUGUCUGCAUUGCCCGUUUCGUUUCUGUUCCAUUGCAUUUUCAUUUCGUCAAGUUAUUUUGUUGUCCUUCGAGCUUGAAGCAUUCAAGAAGAAAAUAUUUAAAAAGUGUUCACUUUGUUGCACGCUUUUUGGGGAUUAAGCCACCUCGGAAGAGCGCACAGAGAGGAUUUUAGUCGGUGAGACGAGCAUUUUGAGAGCGCCAUGGCGACCGACGUGCAGACAUGGUCCUCGGCUCAGCAACACGACGGGAUGUUCUCUGUUGACAAGAACCUGGAGGAGGACGGCGGUCCCUACUGUGACGACGAAGAGCUCAAUGAGGCGGAGGUGAACGGUAACUGGACGCCCCAGGAAAAGGCGCUCCAUGAGGCUCGGCUCAAAGCCAAAGCAAAGCGCCGCCUGCGCAAGUCCUCAUCCCGCAAUUCCACCAGCGAUUCGUUUUCUGAAUCGGGAGAGGUGGCAGGCAGCGAUCCACACAGUCCCAAGGGUAAAGUCAACGCCAAUGACCGCAAGUCCAGGACUGGCAAGGGCCGGGGUCUGCCCAAAAAAGGUGGGGCGGGGGGAAAAGGAGUGUGGGGGGCUGCAGGGAUGGUUUAUGAAGAUGAAGAGCCUGAUGUACGGGACCCCAACUAUGAUGAAUCUGCUCAGGGAGACACAGUUUAUGCAACAGUUGUGCCAGAGCUGGAUGAGAAGGAACUGGAAAAAACGGUCAACCCAAUUGUACAGGAGUACUUUGAACAUGGAGACACAAAAGAGGUUCAGAUGCUGCUGAAAGAGCUCAACCUGGGCCCCCAUAAAUAUGAGUUCUCCUCCCUGGCCGUGUCCCUGUCCCUGGAAGGCAAGGCCAGCCACAGAGAGCUGACCUCCCGCCUGCUGUCUGAUCUGUCAGGCAAGGUGCUGUCACAGGCUGACAUGGCCCGGGCCUUUGACAAGAUGCUCAAAGAGCUGCCAGACCUCAUUCUGGACACACCAGAGGCUCCACAGAUGUUAGGCCAGUUUGUAGCCAGGGCCAUAGCAGACCAUGUCCUUCCCAUGACAUUCCUGGACCGUUACAAGGGCAAGGUGGACUGUGACCAUGCCAGAGCGGCUUUAGACCGAGCUGCAGUGCUGCUGUCCAUGAAGAGAGAGAUAGUUCGGCUAGAUAAUGUGUGGGGCGUGGGUGGAGGCCUUAGACCUGUCAAGCAUCUCAUUAAAGAGAUGAACCUUCUGCUUAAGGAGUACCUGGUAUCCGGAGACAUUUCGGAGGCAGAACACUGUCUGCGGGACCUAGAAGUCCCCCACUUCCACCAUGAGCUGGUCUAUGAGGCUAUAGUGAUGGUGCUGGAGUCCAAAGGAGACACAGCCAUAGAUAUGAUGGUGAAGCUGCUGAAGGCCUUUUGGAAGACGGGCCUCAUCACUGUGGAUCAGAUGAACAGGGGUUUCCAGCGUGUGUAUGACGAACUCCCUGAAAUUAACCUCGACGUCCCACAUGCUCACUCCAUCAUGGAGACCUUUGUGGACCUGUGCUACCAGGAGUCUGUCAUCACCAAACAGCUGAGAGACGCCUGUCCCUCCAGAGGGCGAAAGCGUUUUGUGAGUGAGGGAGACGGCGGCGUAAUCAAGAACUAAUCCAGAAGAAGCAGCAACAAGAGAGAGGGGGGGGUCUACAGGUUCUUACACCCCAUCUCACCUCCAGCCUGUUUUUUUUUGUUUUGUUUUUUUUUCUGAAACUGGGCAGGAUGGCGGUCUAUCUUCCUGAUUACAACAUCAUCACGCGCACCAACGUUGACGUUCGGUGAAAGUAGACUGAAGAGAGCCCUGGGCGUCAAGUUCCCAUCAUCCUUUUUAUUUUUUUUUCUAUUUCUUUUGACAUUUUUUUGUAAGAGGAUUCUUUAUUUCUGGGGUUGAUCCACCCCGUCUUGCCUCAGCCUUUGUACCCAUCCAUCAAGAAUGAUUGAAGUUGAAGCUUGAGAAGGAGCAGGGUGGCCAUUGGGUUCGAUGGAGGAUGAAUUGGGGUGUUGUUUGCUUUUGUCUCCUGCUGUGCUGUAUUUUUUUUUUUUUAAUACCAUGCAUUGCGCUACAAAGAAAAGGAAGCACUUAUUAAAAGCAAAGAUGCAGCAUGCUGUAUCAUCAGCAAGCGCUUGGCAAUUUAGCUCAGUAAUAAGGAUGUAAGCAUUUUAUUUUCUGCCUCAGUUGUUUAUUUCAAGGACAACACACUGUCUGUUUUCUGGUUCUAGUGGUUCUGUCACUCCUUCAUGUACCAUCUUUUUUUUUCUGUCCCCUCUUUAUGUCUCAGUGUCUGAGUAAAACCUCACUUUGUAAAGCACAGCAGUCAAAACAAGAGCAGUUUGGGUACUGUUUGGGUGUUCAUAUGAAACUUGGAUUAGGGCUUGUGUAUUUUGUAAGCCCUCUCUGUUCUCUGAGAGUAAAGAUGAAUUGGUGUUAAUGUUUCUUAAAAAUAAUAAUAAAUAUGAGCAAUCUGAGCAUUUUUUGCAGACACAUAAGUGGCAAUACUGGCAAAGGGUCAUCUGGACACGUAACCUUGAAAUAUGAUCAUCCUAACCUGGUGCUUAAGAGCAGAAUUAAUGCAGACAUGAAUGGUCUCUACACCAGGCACUUGUUGAAUGUUUCUGUGAAACUGCGACACCAAUUUUAAUCUUACUACAGAGAAUAUGUUUAAACGGUCAGACUUUACUGCCACUGUUUGUGACGAGUUUUACAUAUUGACCAAAGUAUCGAUUGUGGAAAACAAUAUAUUGCAUUGAUUAAAAAAAAAAGAAAAAAAAAAAGGCAACAACACUUAAGUGUCUAUUCUUUGUUCAUGCCAGCAGUGUUGGAAACGGGGGUGGGAAGGGGACCUGUGAGGGCACAAAGGAAAUGCAUGCUACCAGCCACAGCUGUUGGUUUCGGUCAUCGGUUGUGUGAUUCAUAAGGUUUUAUUUCAUCACUGUCUAUCACUCACUUUCACCUGUGCCUCCUCCACCGAGUUCUCUCAUUUCCCAUCUCCCUUGAUGACUUGUUAUGGUCCGAGCAGGCGUGAAAAUGUUUUUCUGGCAAUUGAUGCCUGAGGAAAAAAUGAGAUGCAGCUUGAGGCCAAAGUAUCACUGUUGUAUUUUUCUGAUAAAUAAGCCGCAACUCCUGACCCCCCCACCACUUAUGGCACAUGGGAUACCUGGUUAUGUGUCUUUGUAGCAUAGCAGUAUUAUGCCAGCAGUGCAAAUAUCUGGUCCAGGGAAACUGUUAAAAAUAAAUAAAACUAAUUUUGUACCAUUUCACGUUUCAAAACCAUAUGACAGGACAUCCUCAUUCAUGCAUGCAGUUGUCCACCCUGUCAUGUGAAUGAUUUUUUUUUUUUUUUUUUUUUUGUACAUACAGGUAUAUUCCUACAGAGUCAUCUUUGUACUACCGUAUUGACAGUUUAUUUUUGAUUAGCAGAUUGAUCCCUGCUACCUGCCUUGCACAAGAAGCUCAAUCUUGACAGUAUAUUUCAAUAAAACUCCAUAUUUCCCUU